AUGUUGUACUAUAGGCCUGCGAUGAGGAUGGCGGUGAGACCGCUACAAAGUGUAAGAUUCCAGUCCUCAUAUACUAGUAUUACUAAAUUGACGAAUCUAACAGAAUUCAAGAAUCUCAUCAAACAAAAUGACAAACUAGUCAUUGAUUUUUAUGCCACUUGGUGCGGUCCUUGUAAGAUGAUGCAACCACACUUGACGAAAUUAAUUCAAGCUUAUCCAGAAGUAAGAUUUGUCAAAUGCGACGUGGAUGAGUCACCAGAUAUUGCCAAAGAGUGUGAAGUGACGGCUAUGCCAACUUUUGUUCUUGGCAAGGAUGGUCAACUCAUCGGCAAGAUCAUUGGAGCUAACCCUGGUGCUUUGGAGAAGGGAAUCAAGGAUCUGUAA